UGGUUCGCUAUGGCUCGUACAAAGCAGACUGCCCGCAAGUCGACCGGUGGCAAGGCCCCGCGGAAGCAGCUGGCCACCAAGGCGGCUCGCAAGAGCGCGCCGGCCACGGGCGGCGUCAAGAAGCCGCAUCGCUACCGGCCGGGCACCGUGGCCCUGCGGGAGAUCCGGCGCUACCAGAAGUCGACCGAGCUGCUGAUCCGCAAGCUGCCGUUCCAGCGGCUGGUGCGCGAGAUCGCGCAGGACUUCAAGACGGACCUGCGCUUCCAGAGCUCGGCCGUGAUGGCGCUGCAGGAGGCGAGCGAGGCCUACCUGGUGGGGCUGUUUGAAGACACGAACCUGUGCGCCAUCCACGCCAAGCGCGUGACCAUCAUGCCCAAAGACAUCCAGCUGGCUCGUCGCAUCCGCGGGGAGCGGGCUUAA